AUGCAAUUUAUUGCAGUAGGAAUGAACUCUUUACUAAGUGCUGCUGGUAGAUCAGCAACAAGAUUCAUUUUAAAGAAUCAAAUAAAUACACAAGCAUGUAGUAUAUCAACUACAUCAAUUUGUUUAUCAAAGAGUGGUACUACUACUAUACCAGAAGCAUGGAUAAAGAUGGCAAAGAAAGAGAUCAAGGAUGAUGAUCCAGUCAACAAGUUAACGUUUCAGUCACCCGAAGGUAUUGCCAUCAAACCUUUAUAUAUGCAAUCGGACGUCAAAGAUGUUCAAGACGAAGUACCAGGUCAAUUCCCAUUCACUCGUGGUCCAUAUGCCACUAUGUAUUCACAUCGUCCAUGGACUAUUCGUCAAUACGCCGGUUUCUCAACGGCCGAGGAAUCAAAUCGAUUCUACAGAAAGAAUAUGGCCGCCGGUCAAAAGGGUCUGAGUGUCGCUUUUGAUCUUGCGACACAUCGUGGCUACGAUUCCGACCAUCCACGUGUCAUGGGUGAUGUCGGUAUGGCCGGUGUCGCCAUCGACUCGGUCGAAGACAUGAAGAUCCUCUUUGACGGCAUCCCACUCAAGGAUGUAUCCGUAUCGAUGACUAUGAACGGUGCUGUGUUGCCCGUUCUUGCCAUGUACGUCGUCGCUGCCGAGGAGCAGGGUGCUCCCCAGUCAUCGCUUGCCGGCACCAUCCAAAACGACAUUCUCAAAGAGUUUAUGGUGCGUAACACAUUCAUCUACCCACCCGACCCCUCGAUGCGUAUCAUCUCGGAUAUUAUGGGUUACACGGCCAAGAAUAUGCCCAAAUACAACUCUAUCUCCAUUUCGGGCUACCAUAUGCAAGAGGCUGGUGCCGAUAUUGGCUUGGAGCUAGGGUUUACCUUGGCCGAUGGAUUGGAGUAUGUCAGAUGCGGCAUGCAGGGUGGCGUGACAGUUGAUGAGAUUGCACCACGUUUCUCGUUCUUUUUUGGCAUUGGUAUGAACUUUUACAUGGAGAUUGCCAAGUUGCGUGCCGCCCGUCGUCUCUGGGCCAAGCUCAUCAAAGAAAAGUUCUCGCCAAAGGACAACAAGUCGCUGAUGUUGCGUACACAUUGUCAGACCAGUGGAUGGUCGCUCACCGAGCAGGACCCAUACAACAACGUCGUGCGUACCACCGUCGAGGCCAUGGCCGCCGUGCUCGGAGGCACACAGAGUUUGCACACCAACGCACUCGACGAGGCCAUCGGCCUGCCAACCGAGUUUUCAGCUCGUGUCGCUAGAAACACUCAGUUGAUCUUGCAAGAAGAGACUGGUAUCCCACGUAUCAUCGAUCCAUUUGGCGGGUCGUAUGCCAUCGAAGCAUUGACCAAUGAGCUCGAGCAAAGUGCUUUGGCCAUUGUCAACGAGGUUGAGGCACUUGGAGGUAUGUCCAAGGCUGUUGCAGAGGGUAUGCCCAAACGUCGUAUUGAAGAGAGUGCUGCUGGACGUCAAGCACGUAUCGACUCGGGUAUCGAGACAAUCGUCGGUGUCAACAAGUAUCGUCUCAAGAAUGAAGAUCCAAUCGAUAUUCUAGCCAUCGAUAACAAGAUUGUACGUCAAUCUCAAAUCGACCGUCUUGAAAAGAUUAAAAAGACACGUGACACUAAACUCGCUGAACAGUCGUUGCAAGACCUCAAGGACGCUGCCACUGGCACCAAGCCCGGCAACUUGCUCGAUCUCGCCAUCAAGGCCUCACGUGCACGUUGCACAGUCGGUGAAAUCUCUGACGCCCUCGAAAGCGUCUAUGGCCGUUACAAGCCAACCCACACACUCGCUUCGGGUGCCUACAAGACCAACUAUGGCAAGGACAAUGAGAUCCAAGCCGUCGCCGACGCUGUCGAAAAGUUCAAGGCCAAUGAAGGUCGUCCACCAAGAAUCCUCGUCGCCAAGAUGGGUCAAGACGGACAUGACAGAGGUGCCAAGGUUGUUGCCUCUGGUUUCUCUGAUUUAGGUUUUGAUUGUGAUGUCGGACCACUCUUUUCCACCGCCGAAGAGGUUGCCAGACAAGCUAUCGAUGCCGAUGUUCAUGCUGUCGGUAUCAGCUCGCAAGCUGCCGGUCACAAGACCCUCGUUCCACAAUUAAUCGAGACACUCAAACAAAUGGGUGCUCCACACAUUGCCGUCGUCUGUGGUGGUGUUAUCCCAGCCCAAGACUAUGACUUCCUCUACAAGGCUGGUGUUGUUGCCAUCUUUGGUCCAGGUACCAAGGUCACCGAUUCUGCCCUUUCCGUCAUCAAAUCUAUUGAAGAAAAUAUUGCUAAAAAUAAAAAAUAA